AUGGCGAAGCGGCCGCGUCCGAGGAAGCGCUCGUCGAAGAAGGCCGGCGGCGAAGGCGAAAGUGGGAAUGCAGAGGUGGCGAGUGUAGAGAAGGGUGUUGAGAGUGUGCCCAAGGCCGAGGCCACGGUCGCGCCCGAGGCAGAAGCCACUGCGCAGCCCGCCGAAGCGGUGCAGCCCGCCGAUGCGGCGCAGCCCGCCGAAGCCGCCAAGCCUGCCGAGCCCAUUCCGACCCCAAUGCAGGAUGAUGCGGACGACAGCGAUGACGAUACAGGUCCGCAAAAGAAGCGCAAGCGUACGCGCAAACGCAAGAACCCCUACGCCGAGCCCAAACUGGGGCCGGCGCCCGAGUCGGUCGAAGGCACGAGCGAGGCUGCCCAGCGCGCCAUUGCCUACGCACAGGCAUACCUCAAGGACAAGGAGUCGUGGAAGUUUUCCAAGCCCCGCCAGAACUGGCUGGUGCGUCACAUUCUCUGGUCGCAGCCGAUUCACGAGGCGGCUUCGGAACUGAGUGCGCUUCCGGAAGCAACGCGCAACGCGUUGCCGCAGGAUGUCCAGACGACGCUUGUGGCUGCCUUGCAGCUCCCUGAAGGGGGCGCGUGGGUGCCGGAUGAGCACGUGUCGGUCGUCUCGGUCUACUUGCAGAGCAUUAUGGGUCUCGCGAAACAGCGCAUGCUCGACUCUCUUACUGACGCGUCCGAGGCGACGAUCCCGGAUGCGCCGCCCGCACUCCUUGAGCAAGCCAAGCGCCAGGCGAUUGUUGGCGAGGCGCAGUCCGACGCCAAGCCGGCCGAGCAGCCCGAGGACGAGGCCGAGGCCAAGACGGAAGGCGAGCAGCUUGCCGCCGACGCCCAAGCAGCGUCCGAUGCUGCAGAACAAGCGAAGGCGUACAGUCUCGCGCGUACCUGGUGUACGCUGCGUGCGGCGCGUGCUGCCGAGGCCCUGCAGUGGAUCCAAGCGCGCGAAGCUGCCUAG